CCAGGAACUAGCAGUCAGGGAGCUGUGCUGGCAUCCUGAGGAAAUUAGGAGCAAAGUACAAUAAAAAAAGCGUCAUUUGUGUCACCCUGCGUGUCCACGUACAGCAGCCAGGCUUUUCACAAUGCAGAGACACUUCUAGUAAGCGACACACUCUCGAAAAACAAGGACAGUGUUGAGGAAGGGAGCAUGGGGAAGAAGGAUGCCAGUGCGACCAAGUUACCGGUCGAUCAGUACCGAAAACAGAUUGGUAAGCAGGACUACAAAAAGACCAAGUCAGCGCUGAAGGCCACGCGGCUACAGGCUGAGGCGAAGAAGAGCGCCACUGGACUGAAGGACGGCAUCCUGGUCAUUGCAGCGAUCCUGUUCUUCGUGCUCUGCGUCUACGCCUUCUUCUACCUCAAUCUGAGCACUGAGAUUAACUUGGAUGUGGAUAUGGACUAAUAGGUGGACAGCAUGACAACAAAUGACAACAACCGCUGUUAUUCGAAACUCAGUAGAUGAAGAUGAGAGGGGGACGUCGAGCCAUCUGGGAAGUCCCAAAAUACACAGAGGCCUUGUCAAAACCUGGACUUGGUGGAAACCUUUUAUUUAUUUUUUUUCCCAUAAACGGAGUGGUGCACACUCUUGUUGCUGACGCGAUGAUGAUGAUGAGCUGCUUGUCCAGGGGAAUGACGCGAUGCAUCAGUCAACCCAAGUCUUAAGCCAUUUUGAGAUUUAUAUUUUUUGUGUCUGUUGAUUUACUGAACAUCAUCAUUCCUUUCAUUUGUUGAAUAUUAGUCUUAUGGCAGUGUGACAUAAGUGUUAUCAUUAUUAGGUUGAUCUUAUUUAUACUAUGGUUCAGCAUUCAUAAAGAAAUGGCCUUGUUUGUCUGACAAGAGUAAUAAUGUUUUUGUGAGAAUGGAGAUGGAAAUUCUCUUGCUGGAGAAAGUUGAUGGCACCUGGGUAAAACCUGCAACAAAAUGUUACAUUCAGCAAACAGAACUGGCCUCUUUGAAGUCUUCCAAACUCGUCAAGAGAGGGCUCUGAUAAUCAUAUUCUGUGGAGUCACGUCCCACUGUUGUCUUCGCUAAUAGAAAAAUGUAAAUCUCCUGCUGAACCUCUCGGCAGAUCCAGACAAUCACUAGCCCCGCAUUCCCAUGCACAAACCUCUCCUCCCAGAUAUCUGCAGAUCACAAAGUGUGAGAUUAGAAUCCACAAAGCCCUUCGUUCUGAUUGAACAUGUGUGCAGAAUAUAGAACAACAUGUUCCAGCCGUCACACACGCACAACAGAGAUACACAUCUGCAAUUGGUAGGAUUAGCAUUACAAAUGUGAUCUGGCUCUUUCAUUUCAAUGGAAAGCACAAAGAUGUGAUGUGAUGCCUGAAUAGAGGGAAGCCUACAUCUCUCCCAUAAAGAACACCUUGAUGCUUUUUCGUCCUUGUCAACUGAAUGUGCUGUUGUCCCCUUAAGGACUUGAUGUGUCUAUAUAAUGGAACAUGAAGGAUUAUCAAUGCCAUUUUAUCUCGCCGCUUUGCUGUUUGCGCGCUAGGCCAGCAAGGUGCAGCGAAAAGUAAAAGCACGCUGACCUUCCAUGAGCUGUUUGACUCCCGGUGCUUCCACUAUUCCCGAGUUUCUUUGUUAGCAAAGCGGCGCAGUGCCACCGGCUUUUAUAUUAGUCCUUACUCUUUGUUCUCAUUGUGUUUGAAAUUGUAGAUGCUUUUCAGGCAAAUAUAAUGAGACUCUGUUCCAAAUUGACUUUUCACUCUGUUUUGCUCACAGCACACUUAAACGCUAAGCAGCAAGAGCAAUACAACUUCUAUGAAACAUUUAAUACAGUGUUGUGGGUAAAAAAGAUACUUUUUUCUUUUGGGUGUUAGGUCUAUAAGGCCAACUCUGGACCAUUUGUUAAAAUAUCCAUGUGAUUCCUUUUCAUGAUUUAAUCAGUUAACCAGUGGAGUUUGCAUAAGUUAGAAAUCAGACCUUUUAUGUUUACAUAUUUUUGUCUUUUUUUCCCUUCUUUUUUAUUUUUCUUUCUUUCUUUCUUUUUUCGAGAUAAAAAGAUUUAUAUCUGCCUGAUAAUGUUUCAUGAGUGACAUAAGACUCUGGAAAUCUGAGACAGAUUUUGAGCUUAUGGUUUCUGCCUUUUUUUUCCUUCCCUUUUCUCCCAUGACCUCCAGCCCCCUAGGAAAAAAAGAGUACUUGUCAAAGAAGCCAUUAUGAUAAGCAUGCUCCAUACCCUCAGCCAGAGCGUUUUAUCUGGCCACGCUACAUUCAGACCCCUCCUCCACCACUGUGAGUCACUCACAUGUGUAACAAUAGAUAUCCUGGCCUAAUAGACCUUCAUACAUGACACCUGUUAUCUGCAGGGUCACAAUUACAACCAAAAGGGCUCUGACAUCAGCACAAUGGGAAAAUGAACUAGCAGCACAACCUAUUUAUUCAGGGUCAUGUUUAGCGAGACAAGAUGCUAACAGUUUCCUCAGUCAGUGUAAUGACUGGUGCUUUAAUGAAUUGUUUUAAAUGAUAUGUAAUCAUUUUUCUCCACACUUUGUCACACGCUGUUAUGAUUCAGUUACCAGAUACUGUCAUUUUUUAUUGACUGAUUGUUCUGUUUUCUCUCAUUAAAUUGCUUUAAAAAACACAUCUGCAUCUCUUUGCAAUGAAUAUCAGUUAAUUGUUGUUAAAUGUAAAAAUAGAAGAUUCAGAGACACUCAGUUUUCAUGAACUUCGCUUGACAGAACAUCAUUGUGCGAGCUCUCAUUAACUAUGAACUGAAAUAUUGGUUAUUGGUGUCGGCACUGUGAUAAAAUUACAAUGAGCAAUGAAAUGAGCUAUACAUUACUAUUUGUUUCCUUUUUCCCCAAUUAAUACUAUUAAACAAUUUAAUCCCUUUAUAUCCUGAAAUGCCAGUCAUCUUUUGCACAACCA